UCCUGUACCUGUCAAAACAAAAACAAAACUAAUAAACUAAUUUAUUUGUUACUGUUUCCUCUUUUUGAUGAGGAAAGUAAAAUUUCCUACUUUAAAACAUUCAUAAUUAUAUCAACAUUUAAUAUGAAUCUUUUCAAAAGCAUAUGGGCUCUGUAAUCCAUAAACUCCGCUCAAUAUUUAGUUUCUCAAAGAGUCCUGAUGUCUAUAAGAAAGAACUGGAUGAAAUCAAUAAGGAAAUCUUUGCAAAUGAGCAACAAAAAAGGGCCCUUGAGUACCAGUAUAACUUGAUAAAACAAGUUAUUCUAUCUUAUUCUAGAUUGCUAUUUGUAUUGAUGUCCCUAAUAUUUUUCUUCUCGACAAUGCCAUCUACAUUUCUUGAGUAUAUUUUAUUUUGUGGACCAUUAUUAGUGAUAUAUCUUUUAGUUUGCAGCUUAAAGCUCUCUCUAAAAUGGUAUUAUGAACAUGAAAUUAAAAGAAUUGUUCAAAAACUUCUCGAGUUACAGUCUCGUAAAAAGAAGCUUUUGAAGGAAGUUAAGGAAAAGAUUAAAUUUAGUGAUGCAAAAGCCAUCAUUGAAGAAUAUAGUAUAUCAAAAGAUAAAAAUAAAUUUGAAAUUCAAAACACUCAUAUAGAAAAUUAUUAUAAAAGACGAGAAUCUUCUCUUGAUACUGUGGUUAAGUAUGUUCUUAAUGAAGAAAAAGAUACUGCUCUUAUUUGCCAAUUCUGUAAUUGCCACAAUGGAUUAGCAUUGGAAGAAGAUUAUGAAUGUACAAGUUUUCGUUGUUGCAGAUGCUUUAAACUAAACAAAGCUAGAUCAGCAAUUACUCCUGCAAUUGAAAACUAACAGGAAUUAACUUUAGUAUGAUAUUCCCCUCUCAAAUAUUGUUAAGAUGGUUAUAUAUACAAUGUGAAGGACUAUUUCUAGGUGAUAGAAAAAAUAUGAAAUUGUUCUAGUCUCUCUGUUUACAUUACUGUUUUACACCACAAAUUUAUUGAUGAGUAUUAUUUACUCAUUUGAGCAAAUUUUGUUUGGAUUUAAUUAUUUAUAAAACGUUACAUAAACAUAUGAAAUGCCAGUUGCAUUUGUAUAUCUUAAAUGAUAAAAUGGUAUAUUUUGCUAACACAUUUAGAUCAAUGUUUAAUAACUUGAACCUUCUGAAAAAUAAGCAACUGGACAAGUUUGUAUGAAAGUUUUCUUUAUAUACACCAUUUUAAUAUAGGAAGAACCAAUUUGUUUUUUCAGUACGGCAGCUAAGUUAAAUGGCAAGAAUUUUCAUGCCAUAUGCUCAGACACUAAGACUACAUUUUAAUGAUUGAAAACCAUUAAAAUAAUCUAUUUCGAUUAUAUUAGUGAUGUAGCUUCAUAACAGAAGCAUAAAAUCUAAUAUGCGAACAUUAUUAUUUUUUCUUUAUGGUAAAUUUUUACUAAUACUACUUUUGUUAGAUUUAAGUAUUUUAUUAGUACUUUUAUAAACUAAGUUUUUUUGCUAGAACUUUAAUGUCUGUGAGAAUGUUUUUGGUGUAUAAGUACCAAUUUUUAAAAUUUUAAUACAAAUUGGUGGCUUUUCAAACCAAAAAUAUAUCCAUUUACAAAUAACAUUCACCUCUCAAAAAACACUUUUUAUAUUUUCUUUAUCAUUAAACAAAAUAUGUAAGGUACAAUGAAAUAAGGAAAAUCUAUUCUUUUCAUUAAUCAAGCAAAUCAUCCACAAAAAUUUGAUUUUAAAAACAGGAGGUGAUGAUUUUAUUUUAUUAAAGUACUUUAAUAUUGAUCCCUUUUUUGCAAAUUUGAUAUGAAAAAGUUGUAUGAGCCCUGUUAUACAUCAGUAAUUUUUAGAAGAAGAGUUGUGGACUACAUUAACAAUUUUAACAAAAAGUUAUUUCCGUAGCAAAAAUAAUUUUAGAGGCUUAAUGCACUCACACACUGACAAGAGAGUGGGACCAUAUGCUAAUUAUGAUUCAAUCAGAAUAAUAAUUAAAAGAGUUGCAUUAAAUGAAAAGGUGCUUAGCGCUAAAUAAUAUCACCAUAAAAUAAAUUCUUACCAAACAUAACCGCCGGGUUUGAAAUAUUAAUUUCAAUUAAUGUUAAUCAAAUAGAGACAGAAAAAAGCAAUUUUUAAAAUUCUAAGUAGUUUUCGUACAAUUAAAAUUAUGCAAUGAAAAUAUCUUUAAAAAUCUUCCAAAUUUGUAAUAAAAUUGCAUCCAAUGAACAAAUAAUAGUUUAAAUUUUUCAAACAUUAAUUCAUUCAACAUUGAUUAAUUCUCAAUUGGUUAGACAGCAAUUUUUGAAAUUGUUCUUUAGAACACACCAUUUUUUGUUUUACUGACAAAACUUAUUCAUAGUUAUCUGUUCCAUGAAACACAGCAGUAAUUCUGCCUAACAAUCACUUGCAGGUAGAAAGAUUUUUUUCCUUGAUUACAGUGAACCGAUCAUGAAGUGAAGACACAGUUCCCUGUAGAACACUAAAGUCAAGCAUGACUAAAUGCAGUCAGUGAGUGAAUUAGCACUUUAAAAGCCUGCAUAGGGACCGUUAGUGCAUGGUAUCGGUCCUUAUUAAACUCUUCUACCGUAAAGUGCUUAACUUUGCGCAUCGGUCGCUGGGUUACAAAAGCAGGGGAGCCAUCCCCUCUGCAGAAAAUGUGAUGGCAUGAUGGCUUCUGAUCAUCCUCAGAAAUUUUUCCCAGACCAUCGCCAAUAGCCCAUUUAGCAGCUCUAGUGGGACAUAAAUAAAGUACUACUUCUUCUUUGAUUACAACCAUGUCAACAAUUUUUAAAUUUUCAUUCACAAACAUUCAUUUGGUUCUAUGAAUCAAUGUUCUCAAAUAAUUAUUAGUCCAAUUUAUCCUUAUAUUCUGAAUCAUUUGAGUAGUUUUUGUCACAAAUUAAACUUAUUAUUAUGUAAUUCUGUUAAGUUAGGUUCAACAAUUGCAUCAAUUGGUCGGCCUGUGUGAAAGUGACUGAGUGUUAACACAUAUAAGUCCUCAUUAUUGGAAGUUAAUGGUCUAUGAGGGCAAAUAUUCCAAAUUUCCUCUACUUGAAUAAUAAUGGUAAAAAAUUCUUCAUAUGUUAGUAUCGAAUUUUCUUUUUCUAUCUUUUACUUGAAGUGAAGUUUUAAGGGUUUUACUCCUUCUAAUAGACCAUUAAAAUUUGGUGCUCUCAGGAGUAUAAAUUUUUAUAGUUUCGAAACUGUAUGUUUAGUUUCAGAAUUUGAAUUUACAUAUUUUUUUACAUUAUGGUUAAUAACAAAUUUGUGUUUACCUCGCCGGGCGAAAAUCCUUUUUAAACAAGCAAUAUAUGCAUUUGCGAUUUAGCCGUUAACAAUCUCUUGGUUAAUUGCCUUUAUUUCUGAACAAACAAAUAUGCAAUCAUAUAUUUUUGAUAGUUACCUUUACCUGGCCCCUUAUAUUUAAUAAAAAAUGGGCCUAAAUAAUCAAUUAAAAUAACAAUGAAAUGUGAAGUUAACAUUUAUUCUUUCACUUGAUAAUUCAUCCAUUAUUUGUUGGAAAAUAAUUGAAUUUGCUUUGCAACAAAUAAUGCAUUUGUAAAUAAUCUUUCUAGAUAUUGUUCUGCCUGUAAACUUGUCUAACAUCAUUUAAUAAUGCUUGUGAACCAUUAUGAAAUUCUUUUAUGUGAUAAUAAAUAAGUUUAGUUAUCUUAUUCUUAGAUAGCAAAAUAAUAGGAUGUUUUUGAUUAAUGCUUAAGUUUUUUUUUUCUACCUCCUAAUCUAGUUAAACCUUUUUUUACUGCCCCCAUUUAGAAAAUUAAGACCUGUCCAUUAGAUCCCAGAGUUUUAACAUUUCUGGAAAUGAUAUCUGCAGGGUUAAAUUCUGAAUACACAUAUCUCCAGUUGUAGUUUGUAGAAAGUUGUUGAAUUUGUGAGACUCAAUUACUCACAAAGGUUUUUAAAAGAUGAGGUGAAGUAUUUAUCCAAGUUAACGCAAUGGUUGAAUCUAACCAGAGCUUGUGUGAUCAAAUUUGAGUUUCUUAGCCUGAAUAAAUUGUUUCACGAAUUUUGUUUUGAAAGGAGUAAAUGCACUAAUAGUUCAAAUCUAAGUAUGGUUAUAAUCUUGAUUGGUGCCAUACAUGACUUGCUGCAUAAAAGCUGGCUGAAAGACUUAUCUAUUGAUUAGAUGGUUGAUUAUUAUAAAGAUUGAUUAUUUUGUAAACGUCUGUAGGUAAAUUGCAGCUUUUUCUUUCCAGAUGCUUUUUCUAAGGCAUCUGCAAAAUCAUGAACAACGAGUAUCGAAAGUCUUUUACCACAUAGCAAGGUACUUGAUUAAAGAAGAAUUGUAGCCAAUUUUUUUUAUAAAAUUAAUUGUACUAUUAUUUUAAACGUGAUUUUGAAAAAAGAAUGUGUUAAAUUUAUUUCCUAUAUUAUGCUUUUACUUGGAAUCUCAACUAUAGCUUAAAAUAAAUAAUUUUUAAUAAAUAA